AGAAAAACGAACCGUCGUCUUCAACUCCCAGCCAGAACGCAGAACCUCCAGUCUCAGUCAGCACCAGACAAAUCCGAUCCAAUGUCGGUUCUUUAGCGCCUCUUCUUCCGCAAGUCAUAUUUUCGUCCAACAGCCAUGUCACGGAGGCCGGUGACUCUGAAUUUGGACACGUCUCGACGGUUCGGGGACAACGGCGGAGCUCUGUUCGCAGGUUCUUCCUAUUCCAAAUCCAAGUCUUCUCCGAUCUUAUUGGUCGCCCUCGUUGCCGUGGGAGCAUUGCUUCUUCUUGCGUAUUCAUACAGCGGCAGAGGUGGAGGUGGCAAUCUUAAAGGUGUUGUUAGCAGGGUUGAAGCUGCAGGUGAUUACUCAUGCACGGUGGAGGUCCAACAAGCAAUUCCCGUUUUGAAGAAAGCGUAUGGCGACAGCAUGCAUAAGGUUUUGCACGUUGGGCCCGAUACUUGUACUGUGGUUUCCAAAUUGCUGAGUGAGGAAGAAACUGAAGCCUGGGGUGUGGAACCCUACGAUGUAGAGGAUGCUGGUAGAAGUUGUAAAGCUCUUGUGCGCAAAGACAUUGUGCGUGUUGUUGAUAUCAAGUAUCCACUUCCGUACAGGCCAAAGUCAUUUUCUCUCGUACUUGUUUCGGAUGCAUUGGAUUAUUUGUCUGAAAGAUACCUCAACAGAACCCUCCCUGAUUUGGCAAGGGUGUCGUCUGAUGGUCUUGUGGUCUUUACAGGCUAUCCUCGCAAGCAGAGAGCUAAAGCUGCUGAGGUCUCCAAAUUUGGGAGGGCGGCCAAAUUGAGGAGCACAUCAUGGUGGUCUAAGUUUUUUGGUCAGAUUAGCUUAGAAGAGAAUGAUGAUGCCGCCAAGAAGUUCAAUGAGGCAGCAACAAAGAUGUCGUAUGUCUCAAACUGCCAAGUUUUCCACCUCAAGUCAUUCAAUUGAUGUCUUGACAUUCGACUGAAAUAGGCGUCUUGACAUAAGAGCCGUCCUGAAGCUGCUUAGUACAGUACUUCAAAUUUUUGGGGAACCUUUACGACGUAUUGUCUAACCCUAUUCUUGCAUAUGUUUAUUCUUUCAUUGGAAUUGUUUUGUGUAGCGAAGCAUGCAUUAGUUUGGUGAGUCAUGAGUGCUCAGAUACGUCGCUAAAUUAGUUUUUGUUGAGCCAAUUCAUUGGUCUAUUUUCUUCAAGAUAAAUCAAACCUAGGAUUUCAUCAAUUCUUAAUUUUCAAAAGAAAA